GAUAGAAAGCUAUGACUUACUAUUCACAUUGCCUUUUUGGAUAGACAGAAGUUCCAGAUUUUUUCACGCACAUUUUAGCACCCUCAAGUCAAAUUCGUUUCGAUUUGGCCACAUACAGGAGAACCCGGGAGGAUGGAGGAGUAUUCUCGGGAGCCGUGUCCCUUUCGCAUUGUCGACGAUUGCGGCGGAGCCUUUGCCAUGGGCUGCAUUGGAGGCGGGGUCUUCCAGGGCCUCAAGGGCUUCCGGAACGCCCCACAGGGCAUCGGUCGGAGGUUCGCCGGGAGUGUGGCGGCCAUGAAGGCCAGGGCCCCGGUGGUUGGCGGCAGUUUCGCGGCCUGGGGAGCCGUGUUCAGCAUAGUGGAUUGCAGUCUAGUUCACGUGCGAAAGAAGGAGGAUCCCUGGAACUCGAUUGUGAGUGGGGCUGUGACCGGGGGAGUCCUGGCCUCCCGCAACGGAGUGGCCGCCAUGGCAGGCAGUGCCAUCAUCGGGGGCGUCCUGCUCUCCAUGAUCGAGGGCAUUGGCAUCCUGUUCACCCGCAUCUCGGCGGAUCAGUUCCGGAAUCCUGUUCCCCCAAACAUUUCUGAAGGCUCCCCGGGCUUCGGUGAUUCCAACUCUUCACCUGGUUUUGGAUUCCAAGGCGACCAGCAGGCCAAUGUCACUAGCUAAGUGCAUCUCAUUUGUUUCUGGCUAAAGGAUCAUGAAGCCUCUUCUAUGAACUUACUUAUUUUCAAACUGCAGCCAUAUUGUAUGGCCAAAAAUAUGUUUAGUAUUAACUUGCUGCUUAAUUACAGCCAUGAACCAGGCGUAUAAAAAGGAUUCAAGAAAUAGUAAAUAAAUUAACAUCCAAAUUCCAGUUAUAUUUGGAAAAGUCUUCAAAAUCGCA